AUGUCAGUUUCUCAAGGUAACCAUGGUCAAGGAGUAACGGAUGGUCGUGUAGAUUAUGGAUCAUUAGGUGCAUCCUCGUCAAUGCCUAAUCAUGCUAAACAGUUCACUCGUCUUUUUCACCCCUCGGAAUCUUGGUGUGCAAGGCUGGAAGACGACGACAAGUACUUUGUAGUGCAAUUCCCUGAAAGCAGAAAAAUUAUGGGAAUAGCCGUGCAAGGGCAUCCGCUGGAAAAUAAAUUUGUAGUCAAAGCGAAGAUAGAAGCUUAUGUUAAUGCAAAUUGGGAAAUUGUCCAUGAAAAAAAUAAUAACGAUGUAAGUUGCAUUGUUUGUAGACCCAUAACCACGGUUGUAAUAGUAAACCCGUAGGCUAGUGUUCACAAUCAAUAAUUUGAGAAUUAAUUGAUGUUUUUACUGGUCACAACAGAUAGAAGUAUAUAUUUGAAUAUAUUUUUUAUUGUCUAGCCAGCCAGCCAGCCAGCCAGUCAGUCAGUCACAUUGUAUAAUACUUUCCCAGGGUGUUAGCUACAGUAAAAAAUUCCGCGUUAAACGCGGUUCUCCCAAUUACCUUGAGGUCGCUAUUUCCCAAUUUGGGUCAGCCAAAAAAUAGCAUAAAAAUUCAAUUAUUUUUUCCACAUCUGACAAUAGACCAGUACCGUAUCUUGCCGUCCAUCUUGCCGUCAAUAUGUUGUUAAUACACCAUUAAAAACAUGUUUAUAACUACAUAUGCUCAAAAUUACUCCCAAAAUGCGGGAAAUGCCAUUUCAAAGACACAAAGAAUUGUCGCGAAAAAUUUUGAUGUCCGAAAAAAUUUUUGGACCCCUAAAAUGGUACAUUGACCGAAGUUUUUUUGGCGAUGGUAGGGGGGGGGGGGGCGGGGGUCGCCCAAAAAAAUUUUUUCCGAAAAAAAUUUAAAAUAAAUUUCCCAAUUUCAGAUAAACGCGGAUUUUUUUUACUUCUGGCUAACACCCUGUUUCCUAUUAUUGUAUUUUUAGUAUUUCACGUUCGAGCAAAAGGCUUCAUAUCAACAGUUUAGAAAUGAGUAUGUCGCAAGUAAAGUCAAACUUACUCCCUUGACUUGGUUCGACGAGCCAUGUUUACGUCUGGAAAUAUUGGGCACUCAAUGGCGUAAGUAUACAAAUAAUAGUUAAUGCAUGUUUCGAAUAAUGAGUAAAGAUGAUUAUGUAAUUAAAUAAACUUGCCCCCAGAAGAGAUGGUUCUUCUUAUGAUCCAUGUGUUGAUAAACACAGCAACAAAGGGUUAUUUGUGAGGACAAAUAGUUACAGUAAGGGUCAGAUCUUGCGUCAAUCUUAUCAAAAGUUGCAAUGUUCAACAGAAGGAAUAGUCUCGUAUUCGCACAACGUCCAUGCAAGUAAUAGGAAAUCUCAAUGGGUACAUUUUGCAUAUAUACAACAUAAAUUAAGUUCACUAAAUGUAAUGAAAAAGUCACUGCAUUUGUUACAGUUAGUUAAAAAGUAAGUAAUAUAUACAGCAUGGCAGCAGUAGUAGCUGUGGUAUAUCAGAUAAAUAAAUUCGGGCCGAAGGUAAGAGGUUAUAAAAUAGGUCUGAUAAAAGUCGCAUUUUAGAAAAUUAUCCAAACACAAGGGUUGGAUUUUGAACUGAAAAAUCCAGUGCAUAUACAAGCGCUCUCGUUAUCUUGCGAUUUCAUCUCAGCAUAUUUUUUUUCUCUUUGUAUAGAUAACCAUUUUUCCUGGACGACAUAUUUGCUAGAAAACAGCACAAAUGUGCAAUAUUCUGCAGCUGAAAAGCAGAGCUAAAACGCUGUGCAUAUUCCAAAAUCAAGUGCAGUAAAGUUUCAUGAUUUUAAUAUUCCAUGUCUUGCAAAACCUGAAGCCUGCCACGGAAAUUUUAUGCUCAAAUUUGUCCUUUCUUUUACGAAUGAAACCGACGAGGGAAUUAUUUUCAGCACUUCUGGUUUUAAUACAAGUGUUGUCGGUACUUCGCUGUUCCUUAAAAAUUCAAAACUAAUUGCUAGCAUACGAACUAAAAGUAGAGAAUGGAAAGUCUCAGCGCCUAUGAACAUGGCUGUCAAUGCAUUUCAAAUUAUUAAAAUAAACUGGGGUUAUAACGAAGCUAUUAAAUUAACGAUAGGCACGAACACUUACAUUGAAACAUAUAUGACAGUUUCACAUAUCCCUGAGCCUGGUGAGGAUUUAAAUGGGGUCCUCAAUGUUGGAGGUAUUGAUAUGUUGUUGCGAUUCAGUGCGUUUAAAGUUGAAGAUUAUGACGGCGAAUGGAGUAAAAGAAUGCAGUAUGGAGGUAAAAAUACUUAA